AUGUCCGCCGAAAUGGAAGUCGACCAGCCCGUCUCGCAGGACGACGCCCCCGCGCAAACUGGAGGUUUCGAACCACGAACACACGCCGAAGCCGUCGCUGUGCGCAGUAUCGAGGGAUGGAUUGUGAUCGCGACCAACAUUCACGAGGAAGCAUCCGAAGAAGAUGUGACGGAUUUGUUUGCUGAGUAUGGAGAGAUCAAGAACUUCAACCUGAACCUUGAUCGCCGUACGGGUUAUGUCAAGGGAUAUGCAUUGAUCGAAUACUCGACUCUUCCCGAAGCUUCAGAGGCCAUCAAAAACCUCAACGGAUCCAAAUUGCUCGACCAGACAAUCCAGGUUGACUAUGCGUUUGUCCGACCACCUCCCGCCAACAAAGGAAAAGCUGGAGGGCAGCGAGGGGGCCGUGGCGGCGGUGGAGGCCGAGGCCGCAGCAGGAGCCGAGAGAGAAGCCGCAGUCCUGGAGCUGACAAUGAUGAGAGAGAAUAA